CGACCACCACCACCGCAGCUCUCUGCGCCCCGCCGUGCCCACUGCCCGGCUGCUGCCCAGUGCGGCCCUGUAUGCCCAGUGCAGCGCCCCUGGCGGCCGUUGCACGCGCUCAGCACCCGUGCCGCAGCCCCAAGCCAGCCCACAGGCCCAUGACUGUGGCGGCAGCGGCGCUGAAGCAGGCCUCGCCCGGCGCCCGCGCCUCGGCGGCGGCGCUCAGCGAGGGGCCCUCCCCAUUGGACGAGGACGCACCGUCUGAGGAGCAGAGGCAGCCUCUGUUCAAGUUUGGGCUACUCAGCGAUGUGCAGCAUGCCGACAUGGACGACGGCGCCUCCUUCCACGGCACGCCGCGAUACUACAGGUACGCGCUGUGCCAGCUGGACGCGGCGGUGGACGCGAUGAGCGCCGCCGGCGUCGCCUUCUGCCUCCACCUGGGCGACCUCAUCGACUUCCACAACAGCCGGCUGGGCGUGUGUGCCGACACCGAGCUGCACCACUCGGAGAAGGCGCUGCGUGUGGCGCUGCAGCACUUCGACCGCCUGGGCCGCCCCACGCUGCACCUGCUAGGCAACCACGAGCUGUACCAGCACUCCCGCGAGGAGCUGAACCGGCGGCUGGGCAUCAGUGCGCUGCAGCGGGGCGUGGUGCCACACUCGUACUACACUUUCCACCCCGCGCCAGGCUUCCGCUUCAUCAUGAUGGACGGAUAUGAUGUCUCCAUCCUUGGCUGGCCCCCAGGCCACCCGGGCCACGAGCAGGCGCAGCGGCUGCUGAGCAAGCACAACCCAAAUGAGGACAAGAACAGCGCCAACGGGCUGGAAGGCGUGGACCGCAGGUUUGUCAAGUUUGGCGGCGGCGCGAGCGCCGAGCAGCUGGCGUGGCUGCGGGGGGAGCUGGAGAGCGCGGCGGCGGCGGGGGAGCGUGCCAUCGUGGCCUGCCACCUCUGCUUCCACCCCGCCACCUGCCCGGGGGCUUGCCUGCUGUGGAACUACGACGAGGUGCUUCAGGUGCUGCAGCGGUACCCUGGUACCGUGGUGGGCACGCUGGCGGGGCACGCCCACGCCGACGGCUUUGCCGCAGACGAGGCAGGCAUCCGCCACCGCGUGUGCAAGGCGGUGCUGGAGACGCCGCCGGGGCGCGAGUGCUACGGCAUUGUGGAGGUUUUUGCUGAUGCCAUCCGCAUCAACGGCGUGGACACGUUUGCAAGCGAGGAGUGGCCCCUGGCGCCGCUUGGGCCACCCACAGCAGCAGCAGCAGCCGCGCCAGCAGGAGCACCAGCCGCAGGCGAGCCAGCGGGCAAGCAGGUGGCGGCGGUGCAGGCCUGA